AUGAUUGAUACCGUCAUAUCGGCCGAAAUUCCAGAUCAAACCAUCGACCCAGGAUUAUUCGAAGUUGUCACGAAAAAUAUGAUUCACGGUCCCUGUGGUGGUAUUAAUCGAAAUUCACUUUGUAUGAUUGAUGGUAAAUGUUCGAAACGUUUUCCACAGCAAUUGAUUGCUGAAACAAUUACAGGAGAUGUUGGAUAUCCACAGUAUCGUCGACGAUCAAUUGAAGACAACGGUAAAUCAACUUAUGUGAAUAAGGGCAGCGAUAUGGCUGUUUUUGGAGUGGCUCCUGAGAAUAAUCAUGACGAAAUUUUGCAGUACCAAAUGGGGCGAUAUAUUAGUACGAAUGAAGCUGUAUGGCGUAUUUUAUCGUUUCCAAUUCAUCACAGACAUCCGGUUGUUGUACAUUUGGCAGUUCAUCUUGAAAACGGCCAACGUGUUUACUACACUGCUGCAAGUGCCGAACAAAGAGUAGUAGAGCCACCAGUAUCUACACUGACAGCUUAUUUCCAGUUAUGUGAAACUGAUGAAUUUUCCAGGACUUUGCUAUAUUCGGAAGUGUCUCACUAUUUCACAUGGAAUGCAUCAACAAAAAAAUUUCAACGUCGCAAACAAGGCACACCUGUUGAUGGUUAUCCAGGUAUUUUUCGAACAGAUGCUACAGUAAGUCCAGCUAAUGUUGAAUGUUUUUACUUGCGACUUUUGUUGGUGAACGUACAUGGACCUCAAUCACUCCAACAUUUACGAACUGUUAAUGGUCAAUUGUGCGCAACAUACCGUGAAGCAUGUCAACACUUGCAUUUGCUGGAAGAUGAUACGCAUUGGGAUGCUACGCUUCGUGAUGCAUCAAUUGUUUCUCCACCAAUUCAAAUUCGUAUGUUAUUUGCGAUCAUAAUAUCAGCAGAAUUGCAACGCGAACUGCAAUUCGAUCGUAAUGAAUUGCGUGCGUUCGUACAAACGUAUACUCCACAAUUAAAUGAUCAACAAAAAUAUGUAUAUGACACAGUGAUGCAAGCUGUCAAUGACCACACUGGUGGAUUGUAUUUUUUGGAUGCACCUGGCGGCACUGGAAAACAUUUUUGA